UCUUAGUGAUGGUCAGGAUGGACCAGUAACAGAGGUCUGCGAUUACAUGUUUUUGUAUUAAUUUAAGUGACUUUAUGUGAGCUUACGAUUUCAUUUAUGUCAUAUAUUUAUCAUUGGAAUCAAUAAAUUAAAAAAAAUUAUACGUUUUAAGUGAUGUUGUUUUUCAUUGAGACAAAAAACUUCCUGAAAAUUGAAUGCGGUUUAAAUGAAGGAUUCGCUUUUUGAGCCACCAAGCGCCCCUGGAGGAAACCUAUCAACCAACAAACGGUCAUUAGACGGCAGCAUUCGGUGCUACUGCAAAUCAAUAAGGAAGUCUGGUAUGAAAUAUGGAACGCAAGCUGGCUGAAUUCCGAGCCCGAAAGAAAGCCCAGACUGAAGCUGAGAAACCUGCUGUUCGUGUGAUCCAGAGUGAAAUGAAAGCAAUAAGUGAUGAUUCUCCGGCAGUGUCUACUGACACAACAGAGCUGAAGCCCAAAACCUGCAGAAGUCCACAAAAAGAGGAUCAAGGUGAUCAUUGUCUGAAUACUACAUCUGGUCAUUGGUUUCAGCAUCUGGCUCUUAACUAUCUUACCCUUUUUAAAGUGCUGCUGUGGCUUGUGCUGUUGGGGCUUUUUUCAGAACUUGAGUUCGGCCUGCCAUUUUUUCUCAUAUCAUUAUUCUACUGGCUCUACGAAGGCCUUCGAAGCCCAAAAGCCAGACAACCUGGAGAAAUGAGUGCAUACUCUGUGUUUAACCCUGAUUGUCAACCCAUUCUGGGGACUUUAACAGCCGAACAGCUGGAAGGAGAGAUGGGAUACAGGCCGAUGGCAACUAGAUGAACGUGUUUGAAAGGCAUGCAAACUUGGCAGCCAACUGUCUGGACAACAAGGGACUUGGGAAACUUAUUUGCAUUAUAUUAAUGUAUCUCAGUUCUUACUCAUAUUUACAUAAAUAAAAUGCUUUAUUUCAUGGA